AUGGUAUCUGGAGUCACAAAGUUAGCAGUUGGUCAUCCUUUUGAUACUAUCAAAGUACGAUUACAAACGAGUACAGCUGCAGAAGGACGAUUCAAAGGACCAAUUGACUGUUUAAUGAAAACUAUUAAAUUAGAAGGACCUCGUGCUCUAUAUAGAGGAAGUACUCCACCACUGGUUGUCCGUAAUAAUGGUAUUCAGGGUUUAUGGACUGGAUUACUUCCAACUAUGGCAUUUCGAAGCUGGUUCUUUGUCUUUUGGGGAUCUUAUGAUGUAUUUGUACGAGAAUUGAAGAAACAAGGAUUAUCAGAUGGUUCAGUUACUUUUAUUGCUGGUGGAUUAAGUGCAACUUUAUUUUGGAUUGGUGCUUUCCCAUCUGAUUUAGUCAAAAAUACCUAUAUGACUCAGCCUGACAUAGUCCCAAAAAAAUACCCUACAGCUACUUCUGUCAUGAAAUAUAUUUAUCAAACAGCUGGUUUACGAGGAUUCUAUAGAGGUUUUGGUCCUAGUUUGUUACGAAGCUUCCCAACAAAUGCUGCUGCUGUAUUUAUGUUUGAAAAAACGAUGCAUAUCUUAGAUCUUGAUAAUCGACUAUUAUUUGCUGUACCAAAGAAAGGUCGUCUUUAUGAACAAUGCUUACAACUUUUACAAGGUUCUGACAUUCACUUCAAUCGUCGAUCACGACAAGAUAUUGCUCUUAGCACCAAUCUACCAGUUGCUUUGAUCUUCCUCCCUGCUGCUGAUAUUCCCAAAUAUGUAGCUGAAGGUAAUGUGGACUUGGGAAUUACUGGUCAAGAUAUGGUGGAAGAAAACGAAGUCAAGGAUAAGGUAACUGAACUCAUGGAACUUGGAUUUGGUCAAUGUCGACUAUGUGUACAAGUACCUGUCAAGGGAGAACAUCAAACUUUGGAAUCUUUAUGUGGAAAGCGUAUUGUCACUAGCUUUGAUGCUUUUGCUCGUAAGGUCUUUGAACCUUUAGAUGCUAAAAAUGGAAAGAAGACUACUAUCAAUUAUGUCUCUGGAUCUGUAGAAGCUGCUUGUGCUUUAGGUCUCGCCGAUGGUAUCAUCGAUCUUGUUGAAUCUGGUGAAACAAUGCGAGCUGCGGGUCUUCACGAUAUUCACACUUUGAUGACAACCGAAUCAGUAUUGAUUGGCAACAAGAAUUCUACACAUCAAGAUCUUAUUACCAAAUUGACCUCUCGUAUUCGCGGUGUUAUCACAGCUUCCAAGUACGUUCUUUGUACCUACAAUAUUGAACGUCAAAAUUUGGCAUCAGCUGUCAAGAUCACUCCUGGACGUCAAGGCCCUACUAUUUCAAGUUUGGAUUCUCACGAAGGUUGGGUGGCUGUCUCUUCUAUGAUCGAAAAGAAACUCAAGGGUGAUAUUAUGGAUGCUUUAAGUGAUGUAGGUGCUACUGAUAUUCUAGUGAUGGGUUUUACCAAUUGCCGGGUUUAG